UCGGGAGUCGAUAGAACAAUUCCAGUUUAUUAUCAUCUAUUUAUUUAUUGCACACAGGAUUCAAUAUUUGAGACAUAGAAAAAUGGAUUUUAUUUUUGAAAUUCGGUGAUAUUUAGUAAAAUUCAGUGACAACAGAAAUUACUUCAAUUUAAAUGCAUAUUGAAUGCAAAUUCUGUGAUAUGCAUUCAGCACUCAUCUCAUUCUUCUUACAAAUUUAGUAAAAAUUCGAAAAGUCAAUCAACAAAAUGGUUAAAAUUCAAUGGGUUCUCCUCGGAUUUCCAAGGAUAUUACGAAUCAAUGUGCAAACCAAAUGGACACGAUUCAAAAUAGCCUUGAACACUCUAUUUUACAAUGAUUUUAUGAGUUGGGGAUAUGCCUGUGAUAUUAUGAUGGAGCCAAUUUGUUGGUUUGUUGAAAAUUUUACAGCAGUUUUAGGUCCAAUAUUGGUCAUUAUGGUGUCGACAUUAAGUGUUGCUAUUGUGUAUAUAGCGUAUUAUAUCGGACUUCCCUACUGGUGGGAAAAAAGUCCUUUAUCAACAAUUCUCCUGUUACUGGUGGGGAAUUGGUUGCUUAUAAACGUUUGUUUUCAUUAUUAUAUGGGGGUCAAUGUUCCGGCUGGGUACCCACCACAGGGUGGACUCAUUCCUGAAGCAGUCAGCAUUUGCAAAAAGUGUAUAAAACCAAAACCACCGCGUACACAUCAUUGCUCUAUUUGCAACAGAUGCGUUUUAAAAAUGGAUCAUCACUGUCCAUGGCUGAAUAAUUGUGUGGGACACAACAAUCAUCGGCAUUUCUUUCAGUACAUGGCCUUCACCGUCACUGGAAUCGUGUUCAUCAUGAUAUUUGGAGUGGAAAUAGCUUAUAAGGAUUUUUUUAUCGACCAAGACAUCGAACUCGAUGGCCAUCCAGUGCGGAUCAACAACUCCGAAAUCAUUCACAUGACCGAAUCAAUGGAUCACCUGAACUCGUCGGAACUAGCGGCAAUUGCCCAGAAAGCUGUGGAAACUAGAGAAAAAGAGUGGCGUAGAAGAAUGAUUUUAUUUGCAGCUCUCAUUUGCGUUGCGACAUUCGCUGCUUUGGGAGCCCUUUCCUGGUGGCAUGCGGGUCUCAUAACUAGGGGUGAAACAAGCAUUGAAGCUAGAAUUAACAGUACAGAAUCAGCUAAAUAUAAAGCCCUGAAUCGAGAGUACUGCAAUCCUUAUGACUUCGGCCCCAGGCGAAAUUGGAUUAUUUUUCUGGGUCUCGAAGGGAGAAGUUGGAGGCACGUGUUAUUUCCAUCCACUCAUGCACCUCGGGGCAAUGGAUUGACUUGGGAAACUGUUGAUCAUCGUUUUCCUUAUUAAAGAGAUACGACCGAGACUCCUUGAUGAUUUACCACGCAUUUGUUCAUGGCUGUCUCCUAGCCAAUUUCUUAUUUCGAAUUUUAUAUGACUAGUCGAUAAAAUAGAGAUUUAAGUGGAAAAUGACUAUUUUAUGGAUUACUUUCGUCCGAAUUUAACUCGAUUGUAUGACCAAUGAGAAAAUUCGAUUAUUUUAGGGUUUCAAUAAAUUUUUUGUUGUCUCGGAACCGUCGACUUGGCGGACUUGGAGCUUUUUAGCCGCUUUACCUCUUCGUUGGAAUCAUAACCUCAAAUUUUUAAGUGACACUAGUGACUAGUGUCAGUGGUGUGAGUGCUCCAUGUUCCCUACUGCAAAGUUAUUUGAGUGUUGAAGGAAACAACCAGCGAUUAAACAUAUGAGUAUUAAUUUUUGUCAAUUGAA